UUUAAAUAUGCUGAACAGUUGAAUACCUUGUCUGUAAACAUUUGUGGAUCUCGGGCUGAGCGAAUCGAAGACAAAGACGGAGUCUCUGUUAAAGUAUUUGUCUUGUCUUGACGCCAAAUUUGUUGAAACACCGUGACUUGGUAUUGCAGAGCAGCCGUCGACCCAUUUGCUGGAAGCUCAGGAAGCACUUUUGUCAAUUUCAGCAACGCUUCUUUAUGUAAAUAAUCAUGACCACAGUUCCUAUCUAUAAUCUCGAUGAGCCAGAAUACGCUACUCCCUACUACAAGAUUCGCAACGACUACAGGACGAAAUAUCGAGGAUCGCAUACACCGAUCAUCAUUGACAAUGGAUCUUAUCAAUGUCGUGCUGGUUGGGCAUCCGAAAGCGAACCGUCACGUACGUGAAAGCAGCAACUAACGAACGGUAUUGAUUGUCUUGCUGACUGUCCUGGUUCCUUGACUGUAUAGUGAUCUUUGAUAAUAUUGUAUCC